AUGGGUGUUUGCCAGUCCUAAAAGAAUUCUUCUAACUUGAAAAGAAGUGGAGCCCAAUAGUUUAUCUUCAUAGACUUUGACAAAUUAAAGAAAUAUAAUGAAGAACGACAGAAUCUCGACAAAAACAAUUGUCAAUAGCAGUCCUUCUGCUAGAUUUUUUGUUAGGAUAAUAAUAAUAAAACCUCAAAUCCACAAACCUACACUUACAAUAAUGUUUAGACCUAAUAAAUUGAAAUUAAAAAAGAGUGA